UAGAAUAUAAGUCUGAGAAAUGUCAGCGACAGUCGAGCGACUGUUGCGGGACAAAUCGACAUCGGAGUGGGUGCAAGCGACCUCUGAGAGCAACUCUGGAGUCAGCGGUGCAGGUCCCAGCGUCUUCAAAUUGUGCACAGUCGUUGUAGCCUGCUUCUUUGAUGGGCGGAUACCGAGCAACGAGCCGGUCCCUAAGAGUCCACCUAACCUGUGCACCACACGGGAAUUCCGGUGGCUGCGAAGGGCCCAGCCAUGAUGACCGACGUCCGACAUCAC